AUGACCUCCCGCCCUGAAUUUAUGGACGUCCAUGGCCAGAGACAUCAACUUACGCCUUCUUCGGCGAUAUCCUUCGCUCUCAAAGUCCUGUCGCCUUUUCAUAACAUCGUCAAGUCGUUGGCGCGGCCUUCACCAACCACAAGUGCAGCGCAAUCAAGUCGGACUGCUCUGCCUCGACCUUUCUUCGCUAUCCUGGGGCAAUAUCUAGAGGAAGCUGAGAAACGCAUCACGCAGUGGCAUGCGGAGGGGUGCCCUAAAGGGUCCUCAGAGGAGAAGCAGGUCCUAAAUCUGCUCACUCUGCUUGAAGAGGCAACGAAAGUGACCCCGAAUUUUCAGAGAAAGAAGCCCUCUACGUACAGUCGGUCAUCCUAUUCCAAUCUCGAGGCCAUUCUUCGCCGCUCGCCGCUGGAAAAACGAAACGACGCAAUAAAAUGCGUCAAAAAGUUGGGGCAUAGGGAGAGACAGAGCCUUCAGGCCGAGCUAGAGAAGUUGGGGGAGCUAACGGGGGAUAAAUCACGAGAGUGCCUAUUAGACCUGCCCACAGAGGGCAUCAAAGACGCCGACUGGGCCGAGUACGUGCAAGAGCUGCACUCGAUUCUCGGCGAGGCAUGUGCCUGCUCUUUGGCGGGCGACCCUGGUUUCAUCGCAAACGUAGGGUUGGCACCCUACGAAGUCGAGAAAGAAAAGGAUGCAGUACCAUUUAGCCUGUUCAUUUCGCAUCUUCAUGCCGAUGAAACUCUCUGGUGUUGGAGGGAGACUCAGAUAAGUGUUAUUCUCCAGAGUAAAUGUAUCCCAAAUCAUUCCCAUAUCGCACCCGAGGAAUUCUGCAAGCUCGUUCGGAAGCAGACACUCAGUUAUCCGGUCCUCAGAGGCACCAAAGGCAGCCUCACAAAGGAGAGAGAUAAUCCACAGUCCAUCAUGGUUGUCAAUGAGCCUAGCGUGUCCCUGGGCAAUCUACUUGACGGGAAAAGGCUAAAGAAUGACGACGCCUUGCGGGUCAAACUCUCUUAUCUUGUCGCGAAAGCCGUGUGGCAAUUCUACGACUCCCACUGGAUGUCCGAGGCUUGGUCAAAAGACACGAUUCAUUUCAUGAAAGAGGAGAAUAUCAUAGACCAAUCAAUCCUAGUAUAUCUCCAGAGACCCUUCAUCUCGGCCAAGAUAGGCCCCGGUAAACAAGAUCCCUGCACUCCCUGUUCAUCAAAGUCCGGGACGGAUGGGAAGCCGGUACCUGCAUGUCUUCACAGCUACCCAAAGAUCCUUUCUCUGGGAAUUAUUCUUCUGGAAAUCCUCCGCGGCGAAGGAAUCGAUAGGUUUCGCAUGAUGCAAAGAUUCCGCGAUAGUGAGGGUAACCUGCACAAAGAUGCCGAUCUGGUUAUCGCUGGCUUCCUGAUCGAAUCAGAGAAGAAAGGAAAAACUGGGAAAGACAAGUACAUCAGCAACAUCAGGGACCUUCUGAAAGAGGUAAUCGACUUUUGCAUCAAACCAGACGUCGAAAAGCUCGGUUGUGACCCCAAGGAAGUCCGCGCAAACUUGCGUACCCACGUCGUUGCACCGCUGUAUCAGCUCUACUCCAAAUCGUGUCCCGAGAACUAUGCUCCAGAGCCGAUUGAACUGUCUCUAGAUUCGGGUUCGAAGGGAGUCCCAUCGGUGUCUCAAAACCAAGGGUUUGGAAUGUCGGCACCUCUCACUGCCUCAGACCAGCAAAGCUUUGAAUUGCGAAAAGUCCAGCAUUCUGACCCCAUUCGAUGCAGCAUCCCCUGUUACGAUAAUAUUGCUAACGAUGAUGGCAUCGACGGUGAGCUGCAGCACGAAGAGAACGAGGCCCAGGGAGAAGACGCAAGCCGUCGACGGACCGAUAAAUGGAUCGAGGGAUUCCAGAACUUGCUAAUAAAACACAACAUCGAGGCUCUGACUGGCCCGAAUGUCAUCAAGGUUGCCAUAAUUGACUCUGGGAUAGAGUACAAUCAUCUAGAAGUGGAUCUAAGCCGCAUCAGGGACUGGAGAUCUUGGAUCGAAAACAGUGAUGCUACAGUUGACAAAGUCGGCCACGGAACGCAUAUUGCUGGUAUAAUCUUGCAGCUCACCACCAAUGUUGAAUUGUACAUUGCCAAGGUGACGGACACCAAGAAAUUCAAGAGGAGGGACCUGAUCACAGAGGCUAUAAAACAUGCCAGAACAGAGUGGAAAGUAAACAUGAUCUCCCUCUCCUUCGGUUUCGACGAGCCUGAUACGGAAGAGAGCCGAGAAAUCCAAGCAUGCAUCAACGGAGGAAUCAUGGUGUUCUCCUCGGCGUCCAACGACGGUGGCGAAGGGAGUCGAACGUACCCUGCCAAAUACGACCACGUAAUGUGCAUCCACUCGGCGUCGCCACAGGGAAUCGUCGGCCCAAGCAACCCGAGUGCUAUAGAUCAGGAAAGCAACUUCAGCACCGUUGGUGAGAUGGUCAAGUCCUAUUGGCAUCUGCCGAAAAUCGAAGAAGAGGGGCAAGAUGAAGGAAGGGCGUACGAGUUCAGGUACCAAUCCGGCACGUCGAUGGCUACUCCUGUGGCUGUCGCGAUAGCUGCAUUCAUGAUAGGCUAUCUCCGCAAGUACGCAGGGGGGCACAAAUGGGGGAUUGACCCGUGGACGCCGUUGGGGAUGCAAAAAGUAUUCGAGAAAAUGAAGGAGAAACGUGGUGGAUACGACUGGGUUAGCCUGCAGAGGUAUUUCCGUCACAAAAGGACAGUUGGGGAGGUUUUGCGCAGCCUGCAGAGAAAGCUAAGAUGA